CCGAGCUGGGAACGAGGCUUGGCAUGUGAGAACGAGGUUUGGCUCUUGCUGUCAGAACGAGGCUUGGAUUGUGUGAAGGAAGAGGUAGCGAAGUGUAUCCAGCAUGAUAUUGAAAUAGGUGAUGGUCCUGUAUAUUGUCUUCUUACUUCAGGAACGAACAGGUCAGCAGGAGAACGGGACAGGCUGAUUUAACAAGAGCAGUUGGAAAGCAUAACACGUGGACUUUCGGAGAUCCUGCGCUGUAUAACUUCCUCUCUUUCACUGACUGCUGCAUUCUAAGCUCUUCCUUUAGUGGGUUUUGGCAAAUGUACUGAAUAUGGAGAAUGAUCAAAAGAAACAAGCUGAGAAAACUCCUCUUACAGAAGAGGUAGCUAAAUCUACCAUUACUGAACAGGUCUUCAGCUCUCAAUGUGAGAUAGUAUCUGAAAGUGUCUGCUAUAAAAGGCCAAUUUCAGAAGACCAUCCCUUCAGCAAUAUGGAAGUUGAUGGCGUUGAAAACUCAGGUUUGGCAAAAAGAAUAAAGCUGGAAACAAUGGAAUCUGCUUCAGAAAAUUACUGUUCUCCUACAAAUCAAACAAACAUAAGCAAAUCAGUUGAAUGUAAAAACAUCUCCGAUGAAUCGCUCCCUCUAGCUUUUACAGGAACAGCACCUCUAGCAGCCCGAGAAGAACAUAAUCAAAAAUUGGCAGAUGUUCUUCAAAAUAUUAAGGAUCAUACUGUUGACAUCAACAACUCUCAUUUUAGUGUUGUAGAUGAACUUCUUUCAUCCACGCGACAUGAAAAUGCCAGGGAUAUACCUGGUGAAACUGAAACAAACACUUGUGUUGACCCCGUAGUUCAGGUAGAAACACAAAGCAACAUCUUGGCAAAGACUCCAUUAAAAAUAAAGAAAGUGUGUAAGGAAAAGACUAGUAAAAAAGGGAAGCCCAGUAAAUGCACAGACCCAUUGCAUAGAUCAGCCCCUUCCCAUUAUGUACAAAACAAUGCUGAUCUUAAGUUAGAUGGCAACAAGAUUCUAUCAUUCAAGGAUACUAUAGGUGACUUGAAGAAAGAGGAAGCACCUCCGACUUCACUGACAAAAGGGCAUAAAGAGAUUUCUCCCAGUGCUUCCAGAUUAGGUUUUUCCAAAAAACGUUCUAAAAGAAAUACAGAGGAGGCUUUGAUUAACAACAGUAAACCCUCCAAAACCCAUCUGGACAUGUCGGAAACAAAAAAUGAUCCUAAAAUCCUUUUAAAUGCUAUUGGAAAAAUAAUAGCCAGAAGAAGACACGACAGGAAAGCACGUCAAAGAAAAGGCUUAUAUCGAAGAAAACAUGGUUUUAAACAGGUGAAAAAGCACCUGCAGCUACUAAAGAAAAGAGGUUCUCUUAAAGAUCAUAUUGCAUAUAUUAAAGACCAUAAACUGCCAUCAAGUAACCCUUCAUCUGUAGAGCCAACAGCUGAAAAAGCUCCAGAGAUUCAAAAUGUUGCUAAUCAAGAAAUGGUUAAGGGUGCUCAAAGCGUUAUUAAUGUACCAUCUUCUGCUUUUGAAAUAGUAUGCAAUACACCACCGAUGCAGUAUGGCUGUAUAUACUGUGAGAGUGUUGUUGCCAGCCAAGAAGACAUAUUUGUUCAUUUUUGGAAGAGACAUGCAAGACAAAUGAAGUUUUAUUGCCAAGCAUGUGGAUACUCUUGUGUGACCAGGGAAGAUUUUGAAAAGCAUUGUCAAAGCGAUACACAUGACCAGAGAAACGUGUUGUUAAAUUGUUACUUGUGUGGUCUAGAUGCUUCUGAUGAGUCCACGUUCAAAAUCCACAUGACUGCCAAGCACAAGAUGCCCUUCCAUUGUAAUGUUUGCAAAGUGUUUUUUAAAUCCAAUGAUGACAGGAUGCAUCAUGAAACAGUGGAAGAACAUGUAUGGGGCAAUGUAAAAGCCUACAAUAGCUCUGGAGCAGACAAUUUGGAAUUAAAGACUGAUGCAAAUACAUCUCUCCCCGAAGUUGAAAGCUGUACUGUUGUGAACACCAUUGAAAUUUCAGUGCAAGAAGUGGUGGUAAAUGAGGUUAAACGGCGACAGUUUCAAUGCAAACAGUGUUUUUACAAGACAAGAUCAUCAACUGUCUUGACAAGACACAUCAAACUUCGCCAUGCACAUGAAUUUCACUUUCUAUGCAAGGCUUGCAAUAUUUACACAAUGCAUAAGGAAGGUAUGGAAAGACACAUUAAAAGAAGUAAACAUAUUGAAAAUGCAAGGAAAAACAAUAUUGGAUUACUUUUUGAAGAAUGUAUUGAAAAAGUUUCAUAUGAAGGAUUUACAGAACUUGUCAAUACUCACAAGGAUAGGCCCCAAAGUGAAGAGUUUAAGGUAGCUUCCGCAGACGACUCGUAUUGUUCAAAACAUGCCCCUUCUCAGGCCGAAGACACUCAUUCGCAUACACCAAAAAAAGGAAGGCCUAAAGGAAAUAUCUCUAUUUCUUGUACUCACUGUGGCCUUGUGGCCUCUAGUGUUACAAAUCUUAAAGUGCAUAUUAGAAGGAAACAUACACACCAGUACAACUUUAAAUGCAAAUUAUGUAAUUAUGACACCGUAACUAAAGGUGAUAUGGAACGACACUGCCUUACUAAGAAACAUAUAAGUCGUGUAGAAGAUCAGCCUGUUGGCCAGCAGAAAAAUGAAAUUGUAGUAACAAUAGAGGGACAAAAAUUUGAAGCUGCUGUAAAGAAAAAGGGAAAUAUAGGCAAUGCAACAACUGAAACUGUUGGGGCAAAAUCUGCUUUUUUUCCAGGCUCUCAAAAGGAAUUAUCUGUGACUGCUGAUAGUAUCAAUAAUGUACAAAGUGAAAACUCUUUCAAAGACUUUGUAGACAAUAUUGUAGCUGGAGAUAGUCAAGUCCAGAGUGUGUGCAAUGACCACAAUGAUAACCAGUGUGCUCAUUGUGAUUUUGUUGGUGACUCUGCAUCUUUAGAGCAACAUGUGAAAGACAAUCAUGUGAAAGAAUAUGAGUACUACUGUAAGGCCUGCAAUUACUAUGCUGUAUCUCACCAGCAGAUGAGCUCUCAUGUGUUAACUGGGAGACAUAAGAUUAAUCGUGAAUCUUCUCAAUCAAGUGCUUCACUUGUUGACAAAAUGACCUGCAAUUUACAUAAUUCAUCUGAAGAUGUUCCUAAAAAACUUUCCCGUCGCAAAAUAAGGGAGGAGCCAUCUGAUAAGCUUCUAGAACCAAACAAAGUGAAUAUUAUGGAAACAAGUUUGGAUGACGAAAUAACAGUUGAGCAAGGGCUUGUGGAAAUUGGCCAGGUUGUAAUUUCAGACUGUGAGAAAAAUCCAGACGCUUUAAGAAAACAGGGGAGAGGGGAUGAAAAUCCCUUAGUGGAUUCUCUAAUGCAGGAAUAUACAGUCAAUGAGCAAAUAGAAAAUGAACAUACAGGAGCAGAAAGUGUACUGAAAGAACCAAAUGAGUUAUGUACUGCUCAAAUUUCAGAAAAUGGUGGACCAUCUGAAAAUGUCAGCAAAUACAGAGAUGCAAAUGAAGACGACCUAUUUGAUUGUUCCAUUGUCAAACUGAAAAAUGACUGUAGUAAACCAUCAGAAAACCCUGUAAUCAGUGUGCCAGAACCCAAACCCCAGUCAACAAAAAAGAAGAAAUUUAAUGGCAGUACUCAAGGUGAUUCCACCCGAAUACGGUGUGAUGAGUGUGGUUUUCUAGCUGAUGGUCUUAGUGGUUUGAAUGUUCACAUUUCCAUGAAGCAUCCAGUUAAAGAAAAACACUUUCAUUGUUUACUCUGUGGCAAAUCAUUUUUCACAGAAAGUAAUCUUCAUCAACACUUGUCUAGCAUUGGUCACCAAAAGAAUGAACUGGCCAGCUUUGAAGAGCUACCCGAAGGUGGUGGAACAUUUAAAUGUGUAAAGUGCACAGAGCCUUUUGAUUCUGAGCAAAGUUUAUUUAUUCACAUCAAGGAAGAGCAUGAAGAGCUGCUGAGAGAAGUGAACAAAUACAUUGAAGAGGAUACAGAGCAGAUCAACCGGGAGAGGGAAGAGAACCAGGGAAACGUCUGCAAGUACUGUGGCAAGACGUGCAAAAGCAGUAAUUCCAUGGCAUUCCUUGCACAUAUCCGCACUCACACAGGAUCAAAGCCAUUUAAGUGCAAGAUAUGCCACUUUGCAGCAGCUCAGCUAGGAGAUGCCAGAAACCAUGUGAAGCGACAUCUCGGGAUGAGAGAAUACAAGUGUCAUGUUUGUGGGGUUGCUUUUGUUAUGAGGAAACAUUUAAAUAACCAUUUGUUGGGAAAGCAUGGAGUUGGAACACCAAAGGAAAGGAAAUUUGCCUGCAACCUCUGCUACAGAAGCUUCAGAGAGAAAUGGUCCCUGAAUAACCACAUGAAGCUUCACACAGGCGAAAAGCCAUUUAAAUGUACCUGGCCUACAUGCCAUUAUUCUUUCCUCACAGCCUCUGCCAUGAAAGAUCAUUACAGGACUCACACAGGCGAGAAGUCGUUCUUGUGUGACCUUUGUGGCUUUGCUGGUGGGACCCGUCACGCCCUUACGAAGCAUCGGAGGCAGCACACAGGAGAGAAACCAUUUAAAUGUGAUGAAUGCAAUUUUGCUUCUGCAACGCAAUCCCACUUAACACGACACAAGCGAGUACAUACUGGAGAAAAGCCAUACAUGUGUCCUUGGUGUGAAUACAGGUCUAAUUGUGCUGAAAAUGUUCGCAAACAUAUUUUGCACACUGGCAAGCAUGAAGGAGUGAAAAUGUACAAUUGUCCCAAGUGUACCUAUGGAACAAAUUCACCUAUGGAGUUUCGAAACCAUCUGAAAGAACAACAUACUGACAUUGAGAAUCCAGAUUUAGCCUAUCUUCACGCUGGUAUUGUUUCGAAAUCAUUUGAAUGUCGACUUAAAGGACUAGGUGCAAACUUUGUGGAAACGAAUAGUCGAUUCACUGCAUCUACUCCACCAGAGCCUUUACCAGCCAAAGAAAACACCCGAAGCAGCAAAAAGCCAAGCCAACCGACUGAACAUGUUCAGCGGGUUAUUAUAAUUCAAGGAUUUUCUGAGGAGUAUGAUGGAAAUAUCACAAUCAAUUCUUCUGUUGAGGAAACUGCAGCAGCUACUCUUCAGACAUUGGCUAUGGCAAGUCAAGUGGCAAGAGUUGUGCACAUUACUGAGGAUGGCCAGGUAAUUGCCACUGAUCAAACCACACACAUGGGAAGUAUUAUUCCAGGAGACAUUCUUAGCGAGCAGCUGUCUGAAGGAGCCACUCAGGUUGUGGUAGUUGAAGCCCCAAUGGAAGAGACAGAUGUAGCUGAAUCUGUUGCUAUAGAGACUGUAACAGACUCCAGUGGCAAUGUAGUACAGCAAGUAAUGACCCAGGGUAUUUUGGAUGUAUCACAGACUGUUCAUACUUCUGAGUCAUCUUCUGCCCUAGACGCUCUUCUGUGUGCUGUAACAGAACUGGGAAACGUUGGAGAAGGAAGCAGGCUACACAACACAGAAAAUUCUGUAAUAGAGGGGUCAUUGGUAAGGAUGACAAGUGAACAGACAUGUGUUGAGUCUAGUGAAGGGGAGAUUCAGAUGUUUGAGGAGGUAGAUGAAGGUCAGCAGGAAAUUGAUUCCAUAGGAAUUGUCAGGCAAGUCAUGCAUUCGUCAGGCUAUAUCACUUCCCAGGAUCCUGCAUUCAAGAACAUGGUCCAAGGGGUCCUGCAGUUUGCAGUGUGUGAUUCAGCUGCUGCUGAUCAGCUGAUUAAAGAAGGAAUUACGCAAGUCAUUCUGAAUGAUGAAGGCACUGUGCACAUGGUCUCCGCAGAUGGUCCUCGCAUCAUUAUGCACAACACUGAGAGCCAUACAAUAAAUCUACCAGAACAACAGAUGAGAUUAGUUAAUUGUGAAGAUGGGGAAAUAUCAGAGAUUAUUGUCACUGAAGAGUUGGCUAGAGCCAUGGUCCAAAAUGUCACUGGUAACUUUCAGGAAGGCACAACACAUUAUAUUGUAACUGAAAUUCCACAAUCAGAGAAAGAGUCUAAUAUAUAUUCACAUACAGUAAUAACAAACAAAGACUCAAGUGACAUUUUACAUGCAGAAACUGUUGAGGAUGGACAGGUGCCUGUAGAGGACUCCUCGCAAGAGGUCAGCAGCAUGGUAGUUUAUGCAGAGUGCAGCUCUGAAGACUCAAAUGCCAAACCUCAUAUGGAGCAAUGAAGAUUUUCAAACCAUCAGUAAAGAAUCGGAAAAUAGUAAACGAAAAUGAGACUAUAUUUUUUCACAAAAAAAGAUUUUUACAAAAUCAAUGUAUAUUUUUAAUCCAUCCAUUGUGACAAAUAUGUCAAAUUAAAUUGUUAAUGGGGAAAAAAAAGUGUUAUAUGAACUCUUCACAGAAAGAAUUGCUAGCUGAUAAGUAAUCCGAUAAUAGCUGAGUAAUUACAUUGUUAAGCAGUGCUAUAUCACUGCCAGGGGCUACUUUACAUUACUACCAUGCAUUAUUCUUACAUUAUCAUUUAAAGUUGUGAAACCUCUGUCAUCUUUUAAUACAACAGCAUUUUGAGGGCUGUUUCUGGGCUUUGAGCUUUGCUUUCAUGUGCUUUUCUAUAUAUAACAUCAGAGCUUUUAUCGAUACUUGUUCUUAUUGGAACAAAUUAUAGAGACUUCAGGAGCCCGACACUUCACAGAACUAGCUUUACAUAGAUUUGGGGGAUGACAUUUGAAGUACUGCACCUCCCCCCAAUCAUAUCCUUGGGGGGGGGGGGGGGGGUAGCUGUGCAGGUGCAGCACUGAUUAACCAAUAGCUGCAAAAAGCUCAAUUCACUAAGCUAAAGCUAGCACUCGCCACAACAAUCAUUAUUUUUAGCAAAGAGCCAAUGAGAGCUAAAAAUAAAAGCCACAUGGUAGAAUUUAAGUCAUUAUGGCAAAUAUCUUGUACAAUAUAACUUACUGAAUUGAGAGUCAUGUAUCAAAUUAAGAGCCUGUGUUCACCUUUAUUAGUCAUUCAAACAUUGGCUUUCACUUUAUAACCUGGUUAGUAAGAAUGGCAGCAGGAUUUUGGAUAGAAUGAGAUUGUUGUUUGUUUUCCAAAUAAAACCAGCUGGACAUAACAAUAGACGUCGGAGUGGUUCUUUGGACUCCUUAUUUGCUAAAACCAAUGCAAGUAAUAUGGAAAAAGUGCAAGCUUAAUAAAGAUAGUCCUACAUUAAGGGACACAGAGGGGAGGUCAAGUAUAUUGGAUUAUGUAGAGGCCUUCAGGAGAUCGGACAUUGGUAAACAGAGCUGUAAGACAGCCUAAUAUAACCCAUCCCAGCAUGUCUCGGUUGUUUGCUAUUGUUUUAGGAGAAUAGUCAUUUUUUACAUUUUUAGAUAAGAUUCUUUAAUUGCUGCAGAGCCACUAAGGGUUCUUUUGCUGCUUUCCAAAUUGGCCAACUCUUGGAAUAGCUGUACCAUACCCCACUGAGAGGAAGACUUGAGCUCAGCCUGUAUUGUAUCCUUGUGCUGGGCUCUGCUAAAGGGGCUCUCCUAAACUCCCUUGGUAGUAAGGUAUAAGUUGGCCGCAGAGUGCUUCACAGGUCCAGGGUUAGUGGUGUACCUACUGGUCAAAGCCUCUCCUGUAGACCCAUUGGAGGUUAUGCCUGCUGGAGGGGCAAAGUCAUUUUUCACAUGAACUAGCCCAUGCAGACAUGGGACUACAGUAGUUUAAAAUACACUGUGCCUUUUAUAAAACUUCUUUUUAUAGCAAUUUCCAUACCUUUAGGUAUUUUCUGUCACCUAUGAAAUACUCCCAAUUUGUACAUUCCUACACCCUGGCUUAUUUCUAGGACAUGGCAGCUGUUGAGUCGCUUGCCCCCGAGCACUGUAAGAGUGAGUAUGCAGCAAGGACUUUCCAGUCUCCAUCUUGAUUCUCACACCGCUUUAGCCCCUUUCCAUCUCAUACUGUGGGCUACAACAACAUAGCCACUUGGCCUCCAUCUUUGAAAAGAGCUAAUGAAAUUAUCAAUUUAGUUGUCUUCAAGGAAGAAGGCUCAGUUACCAUUUUGUGUAGCCCAUGUCCUUGGAAUGUAAACAUUGGGUAUGUUUUGGUAAGGCUUUAUGGUUGGGGUGCCAAGCUUAUGAAUCAUGAAGUGGGCUUGCUGCUGCAAUGCUGGGGGGCGGGGGACGAGUCCCCCUACAACUGCCUUGUCCUGGAAAUGGAAAAGAAUGUAGGAAUGUAAACAUUGGAAGUAUUUCAUGGGUGACAGAAAAUACCUACAUUUAUGGCACUCGCAUUAAACUAUAUUUUUUACAAAUGACACUGCGUUUUUUAAACUAUUAGCAUCCUUUUAAAUCCAUGGGCCUAUUUAUGUAGAAGGUGUGGACUUAGCCUUUAACCCCUUCAGGGCUGGCUGUAUUCUCCUUAUCCAGGGAGGAAUUUUAGCAGCUAUGUCUAAGGUCUUGAGAAAAGGUUCAGCCAUAUUAGCCAAACAUGCAUCCACACCUUAUCCCUCUAGAAUCCACCUCUGAUUUUCAUUUUUCCACCUCUUGAACCUAUCAGGGAUAUUCCUCUGCCUACUGCCUUCCUUGUGGGCAUCACCUCUGUGAGGAGAGUUUCUGAGCUGGUGACAUUAUCUUGUAAGCAACACCCUUUUGUGUGCUAUACAUAAAUAAGGUUGUCUUGAGGUCUAAAUCCCCUUUUGUUCCAAAAGGGGUUUCUUGCUUUCCCUUUAAACAGGACAUUGUUCUCCCAACUUAAAGUCCACUCCACAGCAUCCCAAGGAGAUUUCUCUCCACUUUCUGGUUAUGUUAUGUGCUGUCCGAGUCUACUUCUCUGCUACAGCUUCUUUUAGACAGACUGACACUGUCUUUUUUGAGGGUCCAUGCAGGAGACAACCCAUCUCUUGUUUUACUAGCAGCAGGUGGAUUCAUAAGCUCAUCAUUCUGGUCAGUGAAAUUAAGAACAGGGUCCCACCUAACCCUUUCAAAGCAUAGUCCACUAGAUCAGUUAGUGCUUUCUGGGCUUUUCAGCAUCAGACAUCUUUUUCUCAGAUUUGCAAAGCUUCCACCAGAUAUUCUGUUCGCACAUUCUUCAGCCUGCUCUGUAAACUCUUUUAACCUGUUGUUUAUGUGGGCCUGUUCGCAGUUGUUGGAUGUAUUGUCCACCCCUCAGUUGGACUGCUUUUGGACAUCCCAAUGUACUUGAUUACAUUUACAGGUAAGACCGAAAUCCAAAUUAGCAGGAAGUUCUUAUUGGCAUUAAAUAUAUUAAUCUGAAAGAUCUUCUGUCUUUGUUCUGUGUUGUGUUAUAGUUAUAAGCCUCCUCUAAAGUCUCCUCUACAUUUUUGGAACAUAUGUCAUCUCACAUUUUUAUUUUAUGUUUGUCAGCCCCUGAAAAAUAUUAAUUACAAUAUUGUAGCCUGGGUUUCAGUAAGAUUCCCUUACUCCAUUUCAAAUAUUUCAUUAAUAAGGAAAUAUUUUAUAAGGUCUGCUACAGUUGUUGAAAGGGGUAACUAAACUGAACAAAAUCACCAACCUCCUUUUUUUAUUUUUUUUUGGACCAUUUUUUUUUGUUGGAAAUAGUGGGCUGGGCUGAUGCUUAAAGCCUAACUACAGCCAAAACAUUUGUUUUUUUGAUAGAGUCUUUAGUCUGUGACCGACCCUAUUAGAGACAUCUUUCAUCACUUCCUGUUUCAGCAGGAACUGAUGGGAAAUAUCUCCAGUGGGGGACAUGUACAGCAACUAAAUACUCCUCUUUGGUAAAAAAAAAAAAACUGUCGGGUUAUCAUUACCAUUGGUGACUUUCUGCCCUAACUGCUCCUUUAUAUCCUGUUCUGCUGUCACAGGCUCCUAGAGGGACAGAACGUGAGGUGAAAAAUGAACAACAGGGUUACGGACAACAAAAAGAACGUCACAGAAAUAUUUAGUCAUUCCAAGUCUCUGUAGUAACUGCCUAAUAGUGAAGGACUUUGUCUUAUGUCCUGACGUUCCCUUAGUGAAAGUUUGCACAUUUGUAGUCUGGGUAUACUGACCUACAGCUGUGAGCUGUUCAAUAUUAAAGGGAUCUGCCCUAAAAAAAUAUAAUUGAAACCAAAAUACACUCAGUGGGAUAGGCAGAGAUUCCUGACCAAUAUCCAUUUGCUGUAAAUUAACCUGAUCCAUGCCAGAUUUCAGACCCAAGGGAUUAUUUCCUAUCUUUUUUUCAUUGGUAUUCAUGGCUAGAAACCGUAAUAGUAUAAAGUCACUGCUCCUUUAAAAUAGUGUUUGUUAUAUAGACCUCUGGUUAUAUGUCAGAUGUGUCACAUUAGGACAAGCAGCUAUGUCCCUGCAGCCGCCGCAUCCUAAAUAGACUUCAAUAGGCUGCCUGGAAGAUGUUGCACCAUAAGGUGUCUUCUGACCAUCCAUCACAUUCAUUUACACUUUAGGCCAUCGUGUUACUCAUUGGUGAGCUUCAAAAAAAGCUGCUUGAAGAUUGCUAGAUGCUUUGUAAGUUCUUGAUGAAUAUGAUGGUCUUUAGAUCUAAAGUGAACCUGUGCCCAGACUAUGAAAACUAACUUAUUUACGUAUUACAAACAAGAAGUAAAAUCAACCUUCGUUCAUCUCUGUAUCUAUGAGAAUUGUGCAAAAUUUUAAUUUUCAAAGUUCAGAGCAUAUGUAUUGUAGCGUUUGCAUUUUCUUUGGCAGGUUGCCAGCUCUCUAAUGUAAAAAACAAAACAAAAAAAAACAGCAACCCACUUCACACCACCUCCCAGCAAGCUUUAAUGCCUAGGAGGUGAGGCAGCUUUUCUAUCACAUGACCACUGUGGUUGGCACUCACAGUGGUCACAUGAUCAGGAGCUAUUCCGCUGGCUCCGAUCAGUAGCCAUAAUCUAGAGCAUUCAGUGACAGCUUGGUCAGUGUGUUGUGAGUGCACUCGCAGCACACAAGGGAUGUACUAAGCUUUUUCAAGCUGCAGUGUGCAAGAGGCCUUAGAAUAUUAAAGAAUACUCAGUGUGUAUUGAAGUGUGUGGGGUUCUAAGGUGGGAGAAAAAAAGAUUUGCAAACAUAUGUUUCUGGCACCUUUUAAGUAUCCUAAUUUUGCAACAAGAAUAUUCUAAAUGUUGCUGCAAGAAUAAAGAUGUAAUUAUUAAUAGAAUUGGUUAAGAAACAAAAAAACUAAAUGGCAAUAGCCAUUGAUCCAAUAUGUGAUAUUGUUAUUACAUGUGCUAGAUGUAUUUGGUUUUUCAAUAUGAUGAUAUUGUUUGAACCCAACAUUGUAAUAAUGGGCAGAAUCAAUGGGGCUUGGUAAAGAAGCAAAACAUAUUUUUUUUUUUUUUUACAUGGACAAAACCAAAAAAAAAAAUCUGCCUGGUUUCUAGAACCAUCUCCGCCUUUGGUUCAGAAGUCCUUAACCAGCCCCAUUGUGAGUUGGUUGGAGUUUUGUUGAUUGCUCUUAGCUGUAUGUUUUAGUUGAUAAUAUAACCUGCUGGUAGCAUUAUAAAUCACUCUAGCUUUUUAUAUAGUUAUUCAACUUGCAAAAGCUGUUUAAAUGCUCUGAAGGUCUUUAAGGAUUGUAAAAUGCUGUUAUAGAAUGUUUUUUUCACUUCUGUAUAUUUCCAAAUAAAAACCAUAUUAAAUAAA